AUGAAACUUAUGUGUGUUUGUCAAUUUCUUUGGAUUGCAAUAUUGUUAGUCCAAACUGAAGAGAGUCCAUUGAAGAGACUAGGAGUGGAUGAUCAAGACCCGGAACAAGAUGUGGUCAUUGAUGACCAGUCAUACAGACCAGGAGGUGGACAUCUUGUGAAAGGGACGCGUAACAAAGUAACGGAGCUUCUUGCUGCUUCUAGUAUUAAGAAUAAACAAGAAGAAAACAGACUACUUGACUAUGUUGGAUUGGACAUGACGUCAUCUAUGAGCGAUCUUAACUUUGAAAAUGGGAUACGUGGUACUACACCGUCGUAUAUGAUUUCAAUCUACAACAAGUUUGCCAACACUAAUCUCAAUCAUGCAAGCAUCAUACGUAGCUUCAAGAAUAAAGAAACGGUAACUAGUGGAAUACAUGAAUUGAAAUCUGGAACCACUUUGCAUAGAGAGGAUCAACAGAGAAUGCAUUUCAAUUUACUGUUUAAUUUGACUAUACCACCGGGAGAAUAUGUGACUGAGGCUGAACUUCGUAUAUUCGUUAAUACCAAGAACGUAAAUCUGGAAGGAGACAUGACCAAGUUCACAAUCUAUGAAGAUAUCACAUCUCAUACCAGAGUGGUGUGGUCAAGUGCAGUCCACAUACCUCGCAGUGGAUGGCAAUCUUUGGACUUAACUGACUUUAUAAGAUUAGUUGUCAAGAGGAUUCAUUCCAAAACACGCAAACUAUUCCAGCCAUUAAGACUUCAGAUUCACACUCAAACUGUUCCUGACAGCGAGUCAUAUUUAGAUGCUGCUUUUAAUAAUAGUAUGUAUGAACCUCUGUUAGUAGUUUUCACAGAGGAAAACACCAAAGACAACAUUCAAAGCACAAGAAAACUGAAAAAUUACAUCGAGGAAGCGAAUGAUCGAAUGUCUGAUGUUUAUUCAACAGCUGCAGACAAAUUAGGCAACAGCGCCACCUUGCUUCGAAGUGCGAGAGACUUAGCUGAAAGGCGAAGCUUGUGUAGGCGGCGACCGAUGGAAGUUGUCUUUAGUGAUAUAGGAUGGCAUGAAUGGGUAAUUGCUCCUAGACGAUAUGAAGCUUUUAAAUGUUCAGGAAAGUGUACUUUUCCAUUAUCAGAUCACUGGAAUCCAACCACACACUCAAUCAUUCAAACACUUGUUCAUUUACAUAACCCAAGGCAUAUAGAUAAUCCAAGUUGUGUACCUACUGAACUGGGUCCUAUAUCAAUGUUAUAUCUAGAUGAAGACAAUGUACUGACGUACAAGUAUCGGUAUGAGGGCAUGGUGGUCAAAAAAUGUGGAUGUCAUUAAAGCCAGUGGACACUAGUGGUAAUUGUCAAAGACCAGUCUUCUCACUUGCU